AUGCAGUGCCUUCAACAGGAUCUUAUGGAUUCACCAGCACAACCAGCAUGCUGCCGAGUUUCUUUGACAGAGAUCUGCUCCCUAUACCAAAGGCUUUUCCAGACUCCUGCUGACAUCAAUUCUGUCCAGGCUGCUGUUGAUCAGCUUUUGGACUUCAACAGAGAUUCCUCAUUGAGUUUAAGCGAUGUCAAGAUUCUUCUACAGAGAGCCCAAGAAUCCCAAAUUACUUCUAAUUCCUGGGUGGACUUCCUAACACAGCGUCAAGAAACUUCAGGCAGAGUCACAUGGUCUGAGUUAGAGGCAUGGCUCUUUGAGAAGACUCCACCUUCCAAGAAUGAACGAACAAGAGUAAAUUUAGGAGCGUCAAAAGGCCAGCUUGAUCAAGUGCAGUAUCAGGAAGGCUUGAGAAAAGAGAAGAUGAGGCUUAAGAUGCAAUGGGAUUCUGGAGGUCUAGUAGACUUGGUUAGAGCUACAGAGGAAGCUGAUAAUGAAAGGAGGCACCACACCAUUACUCAAGAUGACUUGACUGAAGUGGUAGAGCUUAAAUAUGCAGUAUUACGUGAGAAGCUGUUUUGCGACAUGUUACAAGCUCAUUAUGGAGCACAGGUCUGGGCUUCAAUGAAUGCUGGCCAGAAGGAGAGAAAUUUGAAUGAAUUUAAAAUGCUGGCACAGUUUGGUUUGGAGAAAGGAAGUGAACUGGUAUUAUCCCAACUCCCUGGGGCAACACACAACUUCAGGGAGGAAGACAGCAACUGUAACUGCAAAGAGGUAUCACAGACUUGGACUGCAGUCCAGGGACUUAAAGAGCUUCAUAGAAGACUGGAGCUGGAACGGUUGACUGUGGCUGCUGAAGGAGAAGGGUUCUGGGAUGGGACCCCUAUGUGUCCAGGAGCUUGUUAUGAAGAACUUGCCCAUAUCCGACUGACUACAGGCCAAAGAAUAAAAUCCAAGCUUGAGAAACCAAACUUGCAAAAAAUGCAGAUAGAGGAAGAUAAACUACUCUCUCUUCUGAGAAAACAAGAAGAAGCAAGGGACCUCUUAUUUCAACUCUUACAAAGCUGUAGCCAUAAAGAAUUGCAAGAGCCCUUAUUAAACCUGUUACACAACAAGUCUGAGGAACAUUCACACCCUAUAGAAGAAAGAAAUAAAGUUGCACGAAAUCCGCUAAGAGACCUUUUUCUUCUUGCUAUGACGGUGACAAAGACAUGUCUGCAAGAGGAUCGUGGAGUGGUGACAUGGGGAGACUGUGCAGUAAAAUUACUUGUACAGGUGCAGCUAAAGCAGGAACUGGAGCUAAGAGAACUUAUUCAAGAGCUGGUUAAUGGGCUUGAUAGUGACUUGAACAUUGGUCAUCAGACUAUACCCAAUGUAGUGGAAGAACAAGAUCCUGUGUCGGACCUCAUACGUCUGUUGCAGCCUCUGACACCUGAAGAGCAUCUUGGUUUAAAUCAACUUAAUAUAAAGCUUACCUCUGACAAAGGAAAACCCAUUAUAGCGAAGGACCCAUGUAUGGAGGAGCAGUACAUAACACAUGUAGGUGAUAUAACAGAAGCUGAAACAUAUAAUGAAAUUCAAACUGGCAACAAGUCACCUCUAGCAUUCUUGGAUUCUACAAAUGAAGAAAUUAAGGAUAAAAUGAAUGAAGAUAGUAGAAGAGCGCAGAACGAAUUUCAGGAAAUAAGAACAGAUGGAUGGGCUGACCCAAAAAAGACACAGGCACAAGUAGAACAGGGCUGUCAUCGUGGAGAAAACAACACAGACUAUAGAAACACAGUUACAGAUUCCUCAUCACAAACCGAAUUUACGAAUGAAAACACAAAAAGUUUAGAACAUGUACCAGACACAAAACUCCAAGAAAACCAUGCAUGCAAGAGAAAAGAAAUGAAGUCAGAAGAAAAUAUGGUGCAUGGAAAUGACAAAUACGGGAAGGAUGAGAAGAACAGGCACGCACAUGAACAGGUCCCCCAAAAUCAAUUAGCUACCUCUGUGCUCGAUGCCACAGAAGGUCUGAUAGCUGGUCUAAUGACACUAAAGGUGAGAGUGGAACAAGUAUAUAUGGUGAGAGAGGCUGAGGGAAAUCCCUUUCAAAAACCACCAAACAACAUCAUCAAAGAACUCCCGCUGAAUGCACAAGUCAGUGACUCACAAAACAAAACUCCAGUGGAAAAAAAUCUGAUACCUAAAGCCGUGGAAAAAUACGACACUUCCUCUUAUGAAGCUGCUGAUUCUAACACCUGGACCGAGCUUGCGAAAAAAGAAACUCAACCCAAGCCUUGUAAAAAUAUAUAUUGCAACAAUGAAGGUGAGGGGACCCAAACAGAAGGCUAUGAAAGCCACCCUGACUCGGUGGAACACAGGGAACUUGGGACAAUCCAAGGAGAACUAAAAGCUAAGGAGAAGAAAAUAUUGGAGUUGAUAAGUUUGUCAUGUGAUGCAGAAAUGAACCAAAACAAUGACUCAAGUAUGGAAUCAAAUGCUAAUAUGCAUGGACCGUCGGCAGAAAUUUCAUCCGAACAAGUAGCAUCUGCUGUCAUGGAAGCUGCAGAGAAUCUCAUUGGAAGCCUGAAAACUCUUAAAGAAGAAAUCAGUAGAGCCUCUCAGUCCCAGAUCACAAAACAGAGGGGAGAAACAUCUACAGUAGAUGGAUACAAAUAUCUAGAAGGUUCCCCAGUCAAGAAGGACAAUACUAGGACAGUAAUGCCUCCAUCAUCAAAACAAGGGGGAUACAAAUCAAUAUCAGAAGACAAAAAGAUGAAUGAGAAAAGUCUGGAGGAUGAAGCUGUUCAGACUUAUGAAGAUGACUCCUCUCAUGUUCCUGAGCCGUUGAUCAGAGAAGUCUCAUGGGAAGUACACCCAGAAUGCUCCCAGGGUUGCAGCCAUGCCAAGCUUUGGGAUUCAGAACCUGACAGUGAACAUAUUACAAUAAAGAAUGUAGAUUCAGGGAUCACGAAAACAGAAGAGACUACAGGAAAUAAGACUGGUGACUUUAAAUGUGGUGUUGAGAAAAAACAACUAGAAAGAUUGUCAAGCGACCCCCUAACACAAAGCGACGACAGCACUAAAAAGGAACACAUUGCAAUAAAAGAUCAAAAAGCAGUAAGAUAUGAACUGGACCAUGAAGAGGAUGAACACAAAAAACACGCCUUAGUCAAAAGCACAGAGGAACCUACAGAAUAUAGUAGCACUGUAAAUAAGGAACAUGGAGAAGAUACAACUUCCUCUAUGGCAUUUAUGGAAGAUUCAUCAAAGUACGGCUGCACUGAACCGGAUUCUGCUGACAAACUAGCAUUGUCAUUUUUAGAAGCAGCUCAGAAUUUAAUAGGUGGACUGAUACCAGGUAAAGAAGAAGUGGUGGGACGAGUUGUUGUCAUAUUGACAGAUGGUACUACCAAUGAUGGUGAUGUCAUUCUAGAUCAGGGCGAAGAAUUUUCUGAAGCUAGUGGGACAAUUAGUAUUUUGGAGGGAUCUUCGGGUGAGGAAUCUCAGGACACCAGCUUAUCCAAGGAAGAAAGGCAUGAUCUCAGCCAUGAGCCAGUCAUCAGUGAGAAAGGGACCAAUGUUCUGGAUGAUAACUAUGCUGACCCUUCAGAGGAAUGUCCAGGUGGACAUUGUACAAGGAAGACAGAGAUGAAAAAAUGGCCAGAUGUGCCAGACUCUGAGGAAAUUGAGAAGAUGACCUGUCCCUCAAAUGGGUGUGAAGGAAUAUUAGAGACAUCAUUGGAGAAAUUUAAAAAUGUGGAAAACGAAGAAGAAAUAAUCAUAUCAGCUAAAGAGGAAGCAUUGACUGAAAGUUUAUGUGAGAUGGCUAAUGAACCAAACCUGGAACUAUACAUAAAAAUCAAAGCAAACAGUGAAGAUGGCGUCAAUAAGCCUGUUAUUGGGCUACAGAAAGGAAAAGGGGAAGAAACAAAGUGCAAUGUGAAAGAGGGAAAGACCAUUGAUAAUGUUGAAUGUUUAGAUAAUUUUGGGUGUGAAAAGCUAGGUCUGACAGUAGGCCAAGGAAAAACAAGUGAGUUAAACAGUGAAUCAAUUUUAGAACAGAAAUCCAUUGGAGGAAAUAUUGCACCAAAAACUGUGACAAGUGACAGAGGAGACCCAGUGUCCCAGGCAGAAAAUGAGAUGAAUAAGAGCAUCAUGAUGACAACAACUACAGACAGAGAAGGUGGAGAGAAGAUAAUGUGCACACGAUCAAUAGAUCACAUAGAAAGUGAAGGCUCAAAGACAGAUAUGCAAUAUACUGAAAAAGGAAGAGCCACUUGUGAAGAACUUUUAGAAAAGGAAGAUGAAGAAAAUAUCUGCAGAGCAGAAGAAGAUAAAGUAACCAUAAAACCUAAAACAGCUGACAAACUAGAUGGUAAAAAGGAUGAACACAAAGAUCUGCAUCCAUAUAGAGGUUCUCCAGACACACUGGUAAGAAAUGUCCUCCUGGCAACUCAAGAUCUCAUUGGGAGCUUGACGUCACUUAAGGAUAGUAUGGGAAAUAACAUCAGAGCUAAAAGUCUGGCCGCCAGUGACAAUAUAAGUAACACAUUACCCACAGGGCAAAUGCAUGAUCAGGUAAGUUUGAAAUCUGAUAAAUGUUGUUAACUAGAUUU